AGAAGACUACUUUUACAUAUAUAGUACUCAUCACUCCCCUCCCAAAGAACCAGAAAUGAGCCAGUGCGUCCCAAGCUGGGAUCUUGAUAACAAUCCUUCCUCCACCGCUAGACUCACUCUCCAUACCCUUUCCACCGCCGCCGACUUCACCGCUGCCGCCGACACUACCACGUUAGAUUACGAAGUAGCAGAGUUGAAAUGGGCGAACGGUCAGCUUGCGUUACAGGGUUUGGGUCACCCUCGUAUCGUUAGCAGAUCCAUCCCUCCUCUCAUCUCCUCCAAAUACUCUUGGCCUGAGAAGCCACGCGCUGGUGGAACACUGGAAUCAAUCGUUAACCAGGCCGCUCACUUCCUCCCUUCCACCACCACCGGCGGCGGCAGAAACGAGAUCGCUCCUUGGUUUAAUCCCCACCACAACACCACUUCCGCUGCUUCCCCUCACCCCAUCACCAUGGACGCUUUAGUCCCUUGCUCCAACCCAACUUCCUCCACCGCCGACGACGACCCUUCAUCGCACGUGCCCAAUCCCGGGUGUUCCACUCGCGUCGGUUCUUGCAGCGUGGCCGGGACACCACCGGAGAAGAAGGUACCACUCGCUAGGAAACGCGCCAAGGUAGCACGUGUGGUAGCUGCGUCUGCACACGAGGGGAGCAGUAAGAACCACAGCGCCAGCAGUAGUGCCACGUUCGGACGGGAUAGUAUUAGCAUGCAUGGAACGCUCGACACGUGUGACGUUGAGCUCGACGCCACUUCCUUGGGCUCGCGUGAGAACACGAGCUCAGGUAAGCCUUGGGCUUCUUCUACGAAGCCCACCACCGUCGAUGACCAUGACUCCGUCUGUCACAGCAGACCUCAUCAGAGAGAUUCGGGGGAGGAAGAAGACAGGAAGAAGAGUCAGUCAGGGAAGUCUUCAGUUAAAACAAAGAGGAGCAGAGCUGCUGCCAUUCAUAAUCAAUCUGAACGGAAAAGAAGGGAUAAGAUCAACCAAAGAAUGAAAACUUUGCAGAAGAUGAUUCCAAAUUCCAGUAAGACUGAUAAAGCAUCAAUGCUUGAUGAAGUGAUUGAAUAUCUUAAGCAACUGCAAGCUCAAGUGCAGAUGAUGAGUAGAAUGAUUCCACCAAUGAUGUUGCCAAUGACUCCCAUGCAACAACAACUUCAAAUGUCUAUGAUGGCACAAAUGGGUAUGGGAAUGGGAAUGGGAAUGGGAAUGGGAAUGGGAAUGGGUGUGAUGGAUAUGAAUUUGAUCGGUCGCCCUAACAUGACUGCGAUUCCUCCUGUUCUUCAUCCAAAUGCCUUUAUGCCUUUAGCUUCAUGGGACAUUUCUGGUGAUCAUCGCUUAUCAACUUCAAAUGCUGCAACCAUGCCUGAUCCAUUGUCCUCAUUUCUUGCUUGCCAGUCGUCACAGCCGAUGACGAUGGACGCGUACACUAGGAUGGCAGCCUUGUUUCAACAAUUCCAUCCACCACCAACUUCCAAUACCAAGACCUAAAGUUGUAGAAUCCAUGCAGUAUUCUAUUAUUCAAAUUAAUAUGUAUUUGUUAAUUGUCAUUAUUUGAUCUAUAGAUGAUGAACAGUGACAGUAGAAGAAUUGAUUUUUUUUCUAUUUUAUAAG